AUGUGGGGUUAUAGAGCCGCAAAAGUACAACAACCUCCGGACCCGGAAUAUUUGCAGGAGAAAAGGAAUUACGAAAACGAAUCAGCCGUGGUAUUUAUUACACUCAGAGGAAACCAAGGAGGUUACGGUGGAGGCCUUGGCUAUGGAGAAUACAGCGGACAGUAUGGAAACAAUGGAGGAUAUCGCCCAGGUGAAUUUGGAAAUUCAUAUGGUGGCGCCUACGGAAGCCCAUAUGGCGGCGGCUUCGGAAGUCCAUAUGGAGGCGGUUUCUACGGAUGA